CUGCGCAGUGCUCUCUUCCCCCGCAGUCUCUGUGCGUUGAAGCCGGAGACCGCGGCGGCCUCUGCUAGGACCCUCCGCCCGGGAGCCGCCGGCCGAGCCACAGCCUCGCCGCAGCGCCCCGCCGCCCGUCCCCUCCCCUGCCGCCUCCGCCGGAGCCACCUCGAGCACUCUGGGGAAUGGCCGUCAAUGUGUACUCCACAUCUGUGACCAGUGAAAAUCUGAGUCGCCAUGAUAUGCUUGCAUGGGUCAAUGACUCCCUGCACCUCAACUACACCAAGAUAGAACAGCUCUGUUCAGGGGCAGCCUACUGCCAGUUCAUGGACAUGCUCUUCCCUGGCUGUGUGCACUUGAGGAAGGUCAAGUUCCAGGCCAAACUAGAACACGAAUACAUCCACAACUUCAAGGUGCUGCAAGCAGCUUUCAAGAAGAUGGGGGUUGACAAAAUCAUUCCUGUAGAGAAAUUAGUGAAAGGAAAAUUCCAAGAUAAUUUUGAGUUUAUUCAGUGGUUUAAGAAAUUCUUUGACGCAAACUAUGAUGGAAAGGAUUACAACCCUCUGCUGGCGCGGCAGGGCCAGGACGUAGCACCACCUCCUAACCCAGGUGAUCAGAUCUUCAACAAAUCCAAGAAACUCAUUGGCACAGCAGUUCCACAGAGGACGUCCCCCACAGGCCCCAAGAAUAUGCAGACUUCUGGCCGACUGAGCAACGUGGCCCCACCCUGCAUCCUCCGGAAGAAUCCCCCAUCAGCCCGAAAUGGCGGCCAGGAGACUGAUGCCCAAAUUCUUGAACUCAACCAACAGCUCCUAGACUUGAAGCUGACUGUGGAUGGCCUGGAAAAGGAGCGUGACUUCUACUUCAGCAAACUGCGUGACAUAGAACUCAUCUGCCAGGAGCACGAAAGUGAAAACAGCCCAGUUAUCGCGGGCAUCAUCGGCAUCCUCUAUGCCACUGAGGAAGGGUUUGCACCCCCUGAGGACGAUGAGAUUGAAGAACACCAACAGGAAGACCAGGACGAGUACUGAGUGCGGUGCCAGCCCUGGCUGACUGCACGGCUUCCUUCCGUGCCUCCCCUCCCUGUGCCCACCCCACAUUACAGUCCUUUCCUUCAGCCAGUCGGCCGGCCGGGUGCUUUGAGUCAGUGCCGCAGCAUUGGGGAGCUGGGUGAGGGGCUCGGGAGGAUGGGCCAGGAGAGCAGGCAGAGGCCCCAUCCCAGCACCCCCAACAGUGGCACUUGCCCAGGGGGCGGGACCCCUGCCCACUCCCCACCAGUAUUUAUUUCCGUUGUCUCUACGCUGUGUCAGCCAACACUUCCCAGGGUGCUGCUGCCACCCGCCCAGCCAGCCACCUGCUCCCUGAGAGCCAGCAGCUGUAUAUUUGACAAAGUCAUUGGUAUAUUUUUACUUACUGGAUUGUCCUUGCACUUUACCUGUUAUUUUCCAGGGCCGACAGCGAGCUUGGGGCAGCAGGUCUGGCUUGGCUCCGUUCCCCACACCAAGGUUGGGGCAGGACUCACCAAUUCUUAUUUAUUUUGUCUCUUGACUUCCCCAUAGUUGAGGGGAAGGCCGAUGUCAGGAGGGGAAGGGGGCUGAGGAGGCAGUGCUGGGGGCCCAAGCAUCAGGGAGAGGGAGGGGAGCAUGCGCGGGACAGAAGUGACCUCCUGGCACUGGGCUCACCCACCCCACACCCCGCCCAGCACCACCCCAAGGCCCCAGCCGCCCCUCCUGCAGCCAGACUGCCUGCCCCACUGUCUGCCCACCUCCCCACCCCUGCCCCUCGGCAUCAGCCUGCAUAUGUGUUCACUUUUAUUUAAAUAAACUUGUGUGGUAAAAGUU